UGUUGGAGGUGUAACAGAUUAUUACAGUUAAGCCAUAUCUGCCAUCAUUUCUGCGUUGUUGCAGUUAUUGAAAUAGGCCUUAUUUACGUUGUGUUUCUCCGUGUUUAUGCUGAUAAAAUUGUCAGUUUUGUAGUCUGCUGUUUUUUGCGGACCUAACAUGAAUUCUAACGGAAAAAUGGAGAAGAAUUCCACCGGCACUGCAGAAAAAACCGAACCGGCUUCGCCUUUGAGGGAAAAUCUUGAUGGAGACACCUGCGUAUCUAAAACCUUCAACUCCCACACAGGGAUUUGCGGUGGUAAUGAUAUCGCUCGAGCCAGAUGGACUCUACUAAGACAGGUGUUGCGUCAAAAGCAGGCCGAAAACCCAGAGGUCAAACAGGUGUCCGUUCGCAGAUUUGCCACAUUUGAGCUUUUCAGGAGGAAGAAGAUUUUGACACAUGACCAUAGCGAUACCUCAGAUGACCAGUGGGUGGAGUACAUCAGUGUCUACUUUCCUGAAUACAGUGCCUUCCUUAGAGACAACCUGGGACCUCUUCGAGUUAAUGAAGUGCUCAACAGUUUUGACAACACUGGGAACGUCUGUGUGUGGCCAUCUGAGGAGGUGAUGGCACAUUACUGUCUGCAGAAACGCCACAUGUUCAAGGGUGCAGUGUGUGAAUUAGGAGGAGGUAUGACUUGUCUUGGUGGGCUCAUGGUUGCCAUUUCUGCUGACGUGAAGGAAGUUCUGCUAUCAGAUGGGAAUGAGAAGUCCAUUCAGAAUGUCCGAGUUCUGAUCGAGAGAAACAGAAAAGCUGGAAAGUUUGGAUCUACACAUGUGUCUUCUAGGGUGGUGAGGUGGGACUCUGAGAUGGAUAUUUCAGCUCUAGAAGGUCACUUUGAUAUCGUCAUGUGUGCAGACUGUUUGUUUCUCGACCAGUACAGAGCCAGCCUGGUUGAUGCUAUAAGGAGAUUACUGAAACCCAACGGCAUGGCACUGGUGUUUGCCCCUCUGCGAGGUGAAACUUUAAAACUGUUUUCUCAGCUGGCCACACAGGCUGGACUGUACGUCUCUCAACACCAGCAGUAUGAUGCUCAGGUCUGGGAUGUUCACUUAAAGAUGUUGAGAGAAGGGAAGCAAUCAUACGAUGAGAACAUCCACUAUCCUCUCCUCAUCACCUUGACCAAAGGACCUCAACCUGUCAGCCACCCCUAGUAAACCAAAACAAGUGAGCCCUCAGUGGUAAACAAGCAGUGGGGUAUACUUUGAGCUUCUAUAUUUUGAAAAAAAAAAUCUACCGUUUCACAAAGGUUGCUCAGUUCAUCAGCUUUUUAACCAGUUAACCAGGAAUAUGAACCAAAUUGCCAAACAUUUAGCCAGGUAACCAAUCUGAUUUCUGAUAGAUAUUCAAUUAACUAACAUAGCUGUUCAUUAGCUGCUCAUCCAGUUAUUACUAAAGCCAACAAACCUAUUAGUUGUUCAUCUAGUUGUUCAAUAAGUCUGUCACAUAUUAAUUUCCCACCUGUGUCAGUUAGUCAGUUUCCUCUUAACCGGUCACUGUUAGCCCAUGCCACUGUGUUUCUGGCCUCAACAUGGAAGCCAGCUUUAAUUCACUGACUGUCACAGAGUCUGAAGCGGCCCACGGUUUCCUCUGUAUCCACAUUUAAUUUCUUUUUAUGCAACCUUUCAUCCCAGUCAGAGGUCAAUACUAAGAAUUUAAUUUUUCCUCUACUCACAACAGUGCAUUUACACAUUAAGACAUUCAGACUAAAGAGAAAAUGUUGCUUUCCAGGAGCUACAGAUUGCAUAUUACACAGUGUUGUUGUAGUGGGCACACGUAGUCCCCCGCUACAUCACAAUGAAAUUGAUUUUACUAUACUGUAUUGUAAUAUAAAUUUACGUUGAACAAGUGAUCGAUUUUAAUUCUUCAGUUACAUCGGCUUAAAUUCUGUUUUUAGUUAUAGUUUUUUCCCCAGCUGAUUAAUUUCCUGAACUGGGGUGUCUAUGUCAGUGUCAGAUCCAUUGUGUAAGCUGUUAGGAUUUCAAAGUGAAUCAUCUGAUUUUCAACAAUCAGAUCCUGCAGCAACAGCUGCAAAAUGUCUUAACCUGCAGGAGAAGUGAGAAAAAUCUUAGAAACUAGACUUACAGAGCAUUUAUUGACCCAAUACUGUGGAAUCGAUAAAAAAAAGGGUGAUUUACUGUAAUAAAUUUUGUCUUGGUGUGUUUGUAAAGUGUAUGUCAUUACUGGUUGUGUGUAAACAAUGAAAUAUCAGACAUUUUUAAACAUGCUGAUCAACUGUGUCUUUGCUUGUGAAUGUCACAGAUCCAAGUAUGUAAAGCAACUGAUUGAUUACAGCUGCUUUGUUCUGCUAUUUGUUGCUGUUCAGAAAGUAUAAAUAUGAAGUUGAGAAAGAGUUAUGCUAGUCAAGUUUGAGGUAACUGCUGCUGAGACAAACAUACAUGACUGCCAAUUCAUGGAAAACACAUGAAUACCCAGGGUUUCAAAUCCAAUUUGAAAAGGAACUGAUGUUGCUACAUAUGGUGUUUAUCUGUAUCUGUGUAAUAUCGGAAUGUCGUCAUUGCCUCAAAAACAUUUGCUUCUUCAGUUUACUUUAUCAAACAUGCUACUUUUAUUACUUUUCCAGCUAACUAACUGUUCUCAGGUCUUUGAUACGUUCACUUGUUUCCUCUUGCUUUAUUUUUUUUAUUUUUAUUUUUUUUAAUCUAGUUGUACCUGGAGUGAGUAACAAGAUUCCCUAUUACACUGUGAUUCAUUGCGCAGAAGCCAAGCAGCUAUGCAGUAUUUCCCAGUGGUUUCUGUUUACAUUUCUCAUGGUAAAUAUAAUCUAUCUUCAGAAAUAUGAAUGUAACUACACAGAAAAGAAGAUUAAACCAGUUAUAGACGCGUUUUGAGGAUUUAAAGGGUUGACGAUUUAUUUACUUUUUAAAACUUAUUUGUAAUGUGAUUUGCUUUUUGUGAUAUAUGUGGGUUCAUAUAUAAAUACCCUCCCCACUGUGAGUGUACACUGGUAUGUACUGUGACAUCACCAGCGCCAACACUAAAGUAAUUUUAUAACACUUUGGCGCCCAGCAUCACCGUUUACACUGACAUCCACGUAAUGUUGCUGCUUGAUGCAAAAUCACUGCCUUAGUGGCCACUCUCAGUCUGCUGUGAUGUCACAUGAUCACACGAUGAUGCAUCACUUAUGUCAUUAUAAGAUUAACUUAAAUCUUCUCUAUGUGACAACUGUUGACUGCCAAGGAACCUUUGACAGUCGGCACUACACAGUGACCAUCAUGUGGUCUUUAUCUGGCUUCGCCAGCUAAUAUGAAUAUUAGUAAGAAAUCCAACGACAGGAGCAGAAUCUGUGCUGCAGCUGAUGUGACAUGUCACAGCUAAGUUGUAAUUUUGUUUAUAAUAACAAAAUUCAUUUGCAGAAUAUUACCUCAUCUUUAGAAGAAAAAAAGCAUUUAUUUUUCCUUUUAAAAUUUUUAAUUAAAAGCAGAAAUCUAAGAAAAUUUUGAAAUUUGGAUGAAUUUGAAGCCUUUUUUAAAAAAAAAAAAAAAAAAGGUUAAUGAAGAUUAAGUAUGUGAGGCCAGAUGCAUAAAUCUAUUUUAUUUUAUUUUCUUGAACCCCCCCACCCCCCCCACCACCACCACUACCACCACCACCACCACUAUAAAGUUUUAACAUUGUUUCAAUUGAGUUUUCUGUUUAUAAAUCCCAUUUGUAAUGAAAUUAUCAUUUCACACAAAUAAUUUUUCACAUUAAUUUUCAGCCAUGAAUAAAUGUCAACUUUCCCUUAAUCAGCCUUUUAUAAAAACUUUUGUAUAAACCACAAAUAAGUGGAGUUUACAUUUAAGAAUAUAUAUAAAAAUUUAGGACAAAUCGAUGUGAUGACGAUAAAAACCGUUUUGGUCUGAAGAGUGCACAUGCAACACACAUUCUUCACAUGUUUCCUUCAUCAGUUUGUUUUUGUGCACGCUUCAUUUAUGCAUCUGGCUCAAGUGUUUAUGUUUUAAAGUCCCUUUACACCUUUAAUAAUUCUUUUGUUAAAAGCUUGCAAUGACAUGACAACAAAAUCACAAAUGUGUAGGUAUUUAAUACUUCAGUUUAUCUGGAAUUGGUGUGACAUGGCCUCAUGGUUUAUUUUUUAUUUUAUUUUUCUGUUUUACUGUAAUAAAAUGGGAUUGGAUGUUAAUGUCUGUGGACU